AUGGUAGGAGCGACCGCAACGGACACACCUGAUCUAGAAGACGGUCAUCCAAAUCACCAACUUUGGAGGAAAAUGGUCGAUCCGAGCCGGUCUCCUUCAUCUGAUCGUACAAAUUAUUUACGGCAUGAUGCAACUAUAAAUACAGUCGAAGAAUUUCUUGACACACUGAUCAAUUCAAGUCGUUACGAUCGACGUAUUCGACCGUUCUUCGAUCAACAAAAAGCAUGUAAUGUAACAAUGACGAUCCAUAUUAACACCAUAUCAGCGAUUAAUGAAGUUAAUAUGGAUUAUAAUACAGAUCUCAUUUUUCGCCAGUCGUGGUACGAUCCAAGGUUGAAUUACACUGGAACAGAUUGGGCGACCAAAUCACCACAAAUCACUUUACAUUAUUCGCUGAUUGACCGUAUUUGGGUACCGGAUUCAUUCUUUCGGAAUGCCAAAGAAGGUAAACGAAGCGACAUAACGGUGCCCAAUCGGUUGAUUCGUAUUCAUCGCGAUGGCAAAGUCCUCUAUAGUCAAAGACUUCUACUUAAACUUGAUUGUCAAAUGAAAUUACAAAAGUUCCCACUUGAUAACCAGACAUGUGUAGUUAACAUAGGCAGUUAUGGCUUUGCUACAAAUGAUUUGGCUUUUUUCUGGGAAGAAGCUCAAAAUGUCAGUGCUAUUCGAGUCAACGAAGAUCUUGAAAUGCCCGAUUUUGUUUUGAGUAAUCAUGAAGCAAGAUACUGUAAUCGAACGACAGCAACAGGAAAAUUCGCUUGUAUCGAAGUACAUCUCGCUCUCCAACGCAACAUCAACUUAUAUUUACAACAGCUUUAUUUACCAUCAACGUUAAUUGUUGCUCUAUCAUUUAUCGCAUUCUGGAUCGACUAUAAAUCUCAUCCUGCACGAACAUUAUUGAGUCUACUCAGCAUUGUUACUGUAACAACAAAGGCUGAAGUCCAAGCUCAUCAACACACACGCGCGCGCAUUUUCUGCUUGCACUCUUUGUCCGUUUGUUUGUACUUUUCCUUUCGAGAAAUUCACCACACAACUACUUCCCAUGCACUUCAAUUAUUGCCUAGACUGAGCAGUUUCACAUGCCUUCUCGUUGUUCUUCAUUUGAAACGUUUAUUUGGUUAUUAUCUUGUUCAAGUUUAUAUUCCAUCAAUGCUUAUUGUGAUUCUUUCUUUUGUUUCAUUCUGGAUCGAUCAUAAGUCGGUUCCAGCGAGAAUUUCAGUCGGUCUUUUAACUGUACUUACAGUUACUACUCAAAGCUCAGGUAUUCGAUCACAAUUGCCACGUGUGUCAUAUAUAAAAGCCAUCGAUGUCUGGAUGUCAGCAUGUCUUGUUUUCGUUUUUGCUGGCCUGCUUGAAUAUGCACUUGUUAAUGUUAUUGCUCGGAAAGGCGAACUCAAACAACAAGUUCGAUUCUCCAAAGAAAGGAAAAAUCCAGACAGACCACCAAAAGUCACUCUGAUACAAAAACUACAGAAUGGUUCAUCUUUUGCUGCUGAGAGAGUUAUUGGCAAUCGUCUUGCUCAAGUGCAUUUCUACAAGAAAGAUGAUGCACAUCAUAGUAACGCUGAAACAAUGGAAACACUUGUUCAUAAAACAAGUGGUGCUGAGAGAAAUCUAGGUGGUGGAACUACCACCACCACCACUUCACACACUCAUUAUUCUACGAUGUCAAAUACUAGUGCACCUUCACAAACACCACAGGUUGUCUUGUCACAACCAGCACAGUUAGCAAAAGCUGCUAAACCUGUUCGUGACAGUGCACAAUUUGUCGAUCUUGUUUCAGCAGUUCUGUUUCCUGUUGCCUUCAUUGUAUUUAAUAUUAUCUACUGGAUGGUGUAUCUCAAUAUGCAUGUUGAAUAUAUUUUAAAAUAA